UUUUUUUUUUUUUUUUUUAAAUCCACUUUUAUUUCCACCCCUCUGUGACUCCGCCCAUUUCCCCCUUUUGGAUUCCCUAGAGCAAAAUAGCAUGUAGUGUUUUUUUUUUGUGCUGUGAAAUAGAAGAUCAGCUGCUCCAUGUUGACACUAGCGGCCCUUACAUGAGCUUCUCCCACAUGUUCCCAGUUGAUGAUAACCCAAUGCAUAAUGUUGAUUAUGAGAGACCCGUAGCUAAUGCUGAAUAACACUCCAUCGACUCCGUCCACCCAGGCCUUAAGGAUUAAGUACUGGCGCUGACAACGGCUAAAAUAACUGCUGCCUUUGCUUUGUAAUUGUGUUUUUGUUUUGUCUUUUGAGUGCAUGUCAUUUGAUGGAGUCAAAUCUGGUCUAUUACCCCCACACAGAAAAACAGAUACCUGCUCUUGAUAAUAACAAUAAUGUCACCAUUAUCACCGAAAUAGAUGUCUCCCAGUCUCUCAUAGUUCCUCGACAACCCUCUUCUCUCCAACAGACUCAGACAGGCAGGCAGACCUCCAUCGACCCGAGUACAGACACGAUGGACCCGAUGGCCAGCAGUAACGUGACCAACAAGACUGACCCACGCUCCCUCAACUCCCGCGUCUUCAUCGGCAACCUCAACACCCUGCUGGUGACGAAGGGCGACGUGGAGGCCAUCUUCGCCAAGUACGGCAAGAUCGUGGGCUGCUCCGUCCACAAGGGCUACGCCUUCGUGCAGUACGCCAACGAGAGGAACGCCCGCAACGCCGUGGUCAGCGAGGACGGCCGCAUGAUCGUGGGACAGGUGCUAGACAUCAACCUGGCAGGCGAGCCGAAACCUCACCGGUCGAAGACAGUGAAGCGCUCCGCGGGAGACAUGUACAGUUCCUCUGUUGAAUUGGACUAUGACUUCCAGAGAGACUACUAUGAUAGGAUGUACUCCUACCAGUCCCGCGUGCCUCCCCCCCCCUCCCCCUCUGUCCGCGCCAUCAUCCCCUCGAAGCGCCCGAGGGUCAGUGUGAGCGGAGGAGGGAGCCGACGAACCAAAACCAGCUUCUCCUCGUCCUCCAAGACGAGCCAAAGGACCUCCCGCACCAUGAAGGCAGACGACCUGCAGACCAUCAAGAGAGAGCUCACGCAGAUCAAACAGAAGGUGGACUACCUGCUGGAGAGCCUGGAGCGCAUGGAGAAGGACCACAGCAAGAAGUCAGAUAUGAAGGGCUGCAAACCAGAACCAGGUGAGGUGUCCCCCCUCCACUCCUCCACCUCCAGCAAGAAAUGUGACGGCCUGAAACGGGGCAUGAUCGACUCGGACGACGAGGGAGAUCUGCUGGAGGAUGACGACGAGAUGAAGAGCAGAGGGAGAGAGGAUGACGAUGAGGAGCACGAGGAAGGAGAAGACGACGGAGAUAGCGCCAACGGAGACGACUCCUAAGCAUCCCACAGGCACACACACACACACACAGACACACACACAGCGUACACAAACUGUGUAUGAUUGCGUCUCCACACCAGACCUGUACACGGUGUUUAUGUGCUCAUAUCUGCUGAAGUGACCGGACAUUUACAGUAUAUAACGCGUAAUGAAGAUAUCGCUUCCUCACACACACACUUCAAGAAUAUGUCAAGUAGUUGUUUCUGGAUUUUCCAAAGUUCCUUUAAGUUGGUGAUUCGAUUUGUUUCUUACUUUGUGUUCUGACAUAUUAUAUUUGACUUUUUAUAGAUAUUACUGCUCUUGGAUAAAAGCAAACUCUUGAUUUGGUACAUUUAGACAAAAUGCAAGUUCAAUGGAGGAUAAAUUAAACAUUGUAUAACAUUUGUAUGUUUGAACUCGGGGCUAUACGCCACUCCAACAUAAACAAACUGACAGAGAAAACGUUUUUUUUUCUUGACUUACCAGCAGGUAGUAGCUGACAUUGAGACAAAAGCAGAAUAAGAAUAUGCUACGGUUAGAAUUUUAGGUCAGGCUUGAGACAAAAUACCAGACACUAGAGUCCGGCCUUGAAGAUGUAUUUACAUGUAUUCCUGAUCCAGCUGCUGUACAGCUGCCUCCUAACCAGCAGGUGGCAGUGGAUCAUCAACAGCUGGCCACACAACACACAGCAAGCAUCUCCGUUCCCCUUCGUGGGAUAACAACAUGAGCAUGCACAAAACCUCUGACCGCGCCAAAGUGCUCAGACCAAAAUCUCCUUUGCUCUGAAAAUAGUUUAGUUUGUUGCUGACUGGCUUCUGUAAUGCAGUGGCUACUCCAUGUUUCUGUUGAUUUACAUUUUUUUUGUUUUGUUGUCCUUCAACUGCACUGGUGAAAGUGAAUAAACAUGUUUUCCAAGUUG